AUGACUGACAUGAAGGAAGAGGACAUUUAUGACUUUCUACCCGACCAUUUGUAUACAGACACGAAAGAUAGUUGUACUUGGACACCAAUUUGCAAAGAAGAACCAGGUUUGUCACCUGAAGUUGAAGAAGAGAAGUUUCAUGUCACACAAUUUAGUGGCACUUCUACAAUUCAGCCUUUAACUCCAUCACAACAGACAGUAUCCUUGAAUAUGAUUAAAGAAGAAGACAUUUACGAUUUCCUCCCGGAGCAUUUGUACACACCAAAGGAGGAAGAGAAUGAAACUAAGGCAUCAGACGUUAAAGAAGAAGCUUUGGACAUGAAAAUGGAAACAGAUUCUUCCCUAACGGGACACAAUGCAGACAUGGCUCCAGCAGGUACAACAGGUGAAAAGAACUGUGAAACAAAAGACUAUUCAUCAAAGCACAAGAGAACCCAUACAGCAGAGGAGCAUUACCAGUAUGUUACAUGUGGACAAGGCUUUGUACGGAAAAAUGAUAUCAUCACCCAUCAGAGUGUCCAUACUUUGGAAAGACCUCAUCAGUGUACUACAUGUGGGAAAGGCUUUACACAGAAAUAUGAUCUCAUCAGGCAUCAGAGAACCCAUACUGGUGAAAAGCCUUACCAGUGUACUACAUGUGGAAAAGGCUUUGCAGAUAAAUGUAAACUCAACAGCCAUCAAAUAACCCAUACUGGGGAAAAGCCUUACCAGUGUACUACAUGUGGAAAAGGGUUUACACAGAAAAGUAAACUCAAUACUCAUCAGACGACCCAUACAGGGGAAAGGCCUUACCAGUGUACUACAUGUGGGAAAGGCUUUAAACAGAAAUGUGAUAUCAUCAGGCAUCAGAGAACCCAUACUGGUGAAAAGCCUUACCAGUGUACUAUAUGUGGAAAAAGCUGUGUAGAUAAAAGGGCCCUCGUCACUCAUCAAAAAACCCAUACUGGUGAAAAGCCUUACCAGUGUACUACAUGUGGGAAAAGUUUUAUAGAAAAAAGGGCCCUCAUCAGGCAUCAGAGAACCCAUACUGGGGAAAGGCCUUUCCUUUGUGCUACAUGUGGAAAAGGGUUUAGUCAGAAAAGUUCCCUCAUCACCCAUCAAAGAAUCCAUACUGGGGAAAGGCCUCACCAGUGUAAUACAUGUGGGAAUACCUUCGCAGAGAAAAGGGCCCUCAUCACCCAUCAAAAAAACCAUACUGGUGAAAGGCCUUACCAGUGUACUACAUGUGGAAAAGGGUUUACAGAUAAAGCUAAUUUGAACAGGCAUCAGAAAUACCAUACUGGUGAAAAGCCUUACCAUUGUACUACAUGUGGGAAAAGGUUUACACAGAAAAUUCACCUCGUUAUUCACCAGAGAACCCAUACUGGGGAAAGGGCUUACCAGUGAGCUGCAUUUGGAAAAGGCUUUGUACAGAAAGGUGAUCUCAACAGGCAUCAGAACAUUCACAUUGACUGCAAUUAACACUGCCUAAAACGUUAGAUAACCCAGCCUCUCAACACACAUACAGCAUAGAAACUUUAUUCACAGUUUUCAAGUGUUGCUUAUCCUCAUGCAUAUUAUGAUUUUAUUCCUAUGCAUUGUACAAGUUGAUUACUUUAUUACAACUUGGAAAUCCAUCAG